GCAGUCUGAAGUGUGUCAGCAGCUUGCAGUUCACUGUGCGCACAAGACUGAUCGUUAAAAAGGCACACUUUAUCUCAUCACCAUGGAUUUCUCAGAGGAAGACUACUACUAUGAAAACAUUAGCGACAAUUUUAGCUAUGAUGAUUAUCCUGCCGUGUGUGAGAAGGGGGACAUCCGGUCCUUUGCAGCCCUCUUCCUGCCCAUCAUGUACACCAUGUGUCUGGUAGUGGGGCUGGCUGGAAACACUUUAGUCGUGGCAGUCUACGCUUACCACAAACGCCUGAAGACCAUGGCAGAUGCCUUCUUGACCCACCUUGCCGUGGCCGACCUGCUCCUGCUCCUCACGCUCCCUUUCUGGGCUGCUGAUGCUGCAAGGGGCUGGGAGCUGGGGGAGGUCGUCUGUAAAAUCGUGUCUGCCUGCUACACAGUGAAUUUCACCUGCUGCAUGUUGGUGCUGGCAUGCAUCAGCUUGGAUCGUUACUUAGCGUUAGUCAGAGCACAAGGUAAAGACCAAAGAGGGUGGCUACAGAGGGUGUUCACGAGAAAAUGCUGCUGGAAGGUGUGUUUAGCUGUUUGGAUGACAGCUUUCCUCCUUGGCCUUCCUGAUUUAAUACUUUCAGAAGUGAGGCAUGCAUCUAAUAGAAAUAUCUGUCUGGCUGUCUAUCCUCCAUCUAUGGCUCGAGGGGGUAAAGCUGCCUUGGAGGUAGUCGAAGUGUUCCUGGGAUUCCUGCUUCCUCUCGUGGUCAUGGUGACCUGCUACUGGAGUGUGGGCUGUGCUCUCAGAAGCCUCCCUGAUGACAGCAGAAGCAGGAAGUGGAAGGCUCUGCGUGUCCUCCUCAUUGUAGUGGGGGUAUUUGUAGUCACUCAGCUGCCUUACAAUGUGGUGAAGGUAUAUCGAGCAAUGGAUACGGUCUACAGUUUAGUGACCCACUGCGGGACGAGUAAAGUGCUGGAUCAGGCGGCUCAGGUGACAGAAAGCCUGGCUCUCACUCACUGCUGUCUCAACCCUAUCCUCUAUGCCUUCGUCGGGUCUUCCUUCAAGAUGCACAUGAUGAAAGUGGCCAAGAAGUUUGGAGAGAAGCGAAGGAAGAGGGGAAGCCAAAGAACAGAAACUACUGUGGAGGAGGGGAUGGAGAUGUCGUUUAACUCUCACACUGCAUCCCAAGAGACGAACACAUUCUCAAUAUGAGACACGACUAAAAUGUCAACGAGGUGUAUAUAGGACACGCAUCCAUCAGGAGAUCAGAUACAGCUUUUCUUCGAUGUAGGGUGUUGUUGAGCAACUGCAGUAGCAGCAUGUUUGGAAAUCAUAAAGUUGUUCAAAAAUUCCACUGGCUUAAACACAAAAAAGGCCCCAUUAUAUAUAAUUUUGUUUGUUUUAUAUUAACUAUGGCAAUGUGAUAUGACAUGAAUAUCUGAAACAAUUUCCUCUAGUGGUUAAGUAGUCAGGACUGUUAAUAAUUGCUUUAUGCAGUCUAAGGUUUGCGCUCUGUUGCAAAGAAAAAAAUAAUUUCAACUCCAUAUUUUAUGAAAGGUCCUGCUGAGAAGGUUCAUAAGUACUCUUUGCAGGAGUAAAUGUGUUAUUUACAGUAGCAUCCAUAAGUUUUUGGACAAUGACACCUGCCACAGUGGAUUUGAAAUCAAAUAAUCAGGGGUUUUAACUCAAGUGGUUUAACAGAAGUGUUGCAUUAACUGUUCAGGAACUGCAGUCAUUUUUAUACACAGUCCUCCAUUUUCAGAGGCUCAAAAUUAAGCAUACUCUGACUUGAAAUCAGGUUACUGACUUGGCAAUUUAAGAACAUCCCAUUUCUUUGCCUUGAGAAACACUUGGGUUGAUUUUACAGUAUGCUUUUGGUCCUUUUCCUCUGCGCUAUCAAGUGCCAUCUGAUCAGUUUUGCAGCAUUUGUCUGAAUCUGAGCAGCGGGUACAGUCCUGUACACAGACCUCAUCCUGCUACUUCUAUCAGCAGCAACAUCAGUAAACACUAGUGACCUAGUUACACUGGUAGCCAUACCCAUGCCAUAACAUUACCUCCCCUGUUUGACAGAUGAUGUGGUAUGAUUCAGAUCAUGACCGUUUCUCUUUUCCACACUUUUUUCUCUUGCUAUCAUUCUGGUAUCUUGCUGUAAACACUAUUUAUCUUAUCAGUCAUGAGCACUUUGUAGACUUUGGCAGUGAUAUGCCUACCUCCUCUAGAGUGUUCUUGUUUUUCUUAACCAAGGAAAGAAUUCUGCAGCUGUUUAGCUGUUUUCUUUGUUCUUUCAGGUCUUUUGGUUUCACUGAGCUGGCUUUCUUUUUAAGAAUAUACUAAACUGUAGAUUUGGAGAUUUUUACUUUCUCUCUGAAAAAACAAAAUAAACCUAACGAUGGCCUCCCUCACUUACUUGUAUCAACAUCUUGUGGGUCCAUAUUGUUCCAGUGAACAGCUACCAAAUACAAGUUCAAUACUUGGAACCAACUCCAGAUAUUUUAUUUGCUUAAUUUGUCAUGUAAUAACGAGGGAACAGGCCUAAGCUAGCAAUGAAACUGCUUGUCAAUUGCCCAAUUACUUUGGAGCCUCUGGGGACUGUGUUUAAAAAUAGUUAUAAAGGCUUCACUUCAGUAAUGUACUAUGUUGCCAAAAGUAUUCACUUUUUUUUUUCACAGGUUCUUCCUUUCACAGACCAAUGAAAAGGAAGGUGCUAACCAAAUUCAGGGUUAGUUGACAAAAAAAUGUGAAUAUGGUUGCUUUUAUACAAGUGGUAGAUCAACUAACCGACAGGCUCAUCUUACCCCACUCUCCCCUACAGUACAGAUACUUUCACUUAACUUCUUAUGACUCCAGAAGCCAAUUUAGAAAGUUACUGUGUGACUCAUCUGAAAUUUCCUCCUCCCCUCUCAAGCUGUUUUAAAUCUGUCAGUCCAGAUUAAAUACCUAAACAGACAUGUACACUAUAUUGUCAAAACAUAUUUGUUCAUCUGCCUUCACACGCAUAUGGACGCAUAGUGACAUUCCAUUCUUAACCCAUAGGGUUUAAUAUGAUGUAGCUAUAACAGCUUCUAUUCUUCUGGGAAGCCUUUCAACAAGGGUUAGGAAUUUGUUUAUGGGAAUAUCUGACCAGUAGCACAAUUGUGAGGUCUCUCAUGGUGGAUGAGAAGGCCUGGCUCACAGUCUCCACUCCAGUUCAUCCCAAAGGUGUUCUUUUGGGUUGAGGUCAGGACUCUGUGUAGUCAAGUUCUUCCACAUCAAACUCACUCAUCCAUGUCUUUAUGAACCUUCCUUUCUGCACUGGUGCACAGUCAUGUUGGAAAAGGAAGGGGAUAACGCCAGACUGUUCCCACAAAAUCGGGAGCAUGAAAUUGUUCAAAAUGUCUUCGUAUGCUGAAGCUUUCUUUUCAGCUUUCAGUUCCUUUCUCUGGAACUAAGGGGCUGAGCCCAACUCCUGAAGAACAACCCCACACCAUAAUCCCACCUCCACCAAACUUUGCACAUUGCAGUUAGACAAGAGCCGUUCUCCUGGCAAUCGCCAAAUCCACUGGAUUGCCAGGCGUAGUAGUAGUAGUACUUAUCACUCCAGUGAACAUGUCUCCACUGCUCUGGAGUCCAGUGGCAUCUUGCUUUACACCACUGCAUCUUAAUACUUUGCAUUGCACUUGAGGUAAGGCUUGGAUGCACACUCUGAACCACAGCAUCUGCUGACCCCACACUGUGAUUUUACGUGGCCAGUCACUUCAUGGCUGAGUUGCUGUCAUUCCCAAUCACUUCCAGUUUGUAUUAAUACCACUAAAAGUUGACAGAAAUAUUUAGUAGCAAGGAAAUUUCAUGACUGGACUUGCACAGGUGGCAUCCUAUCACAAUACCAUGCUCGAAUUCACUGAGCUUUUAAGAGCGAGCCAUUUUUUCACAAAUGUUUCUAGAAGCAGUCUGCUUGCUUGAUUUUACAUACCUGUGGUUAUGGAAGUGAUUGGAACAGCUGAAUUCAAUGAUUUGGGUGUGUGAAUGAAUACUUUUGGCAAUAUACAGUAUAUUAAACUGAUUUAAAAUCCACUGGGAUGGUGCACAAAGGCAAAAUAAAAAAUGUAACUGUACAAAUAUUUAUGGACCUAACUUGAAGAUCUUGAUUGAAAAUACUGUUAAGUGAUGCUUCUCUGGGAUUUCUCCAGAAACAUCCACUCUGCCCACACAGUAUUAGUAAGAUUUCUUACUGAAGUCUCUGCAUUACACACCAAAACCCAUAAAAGGAAAGAAAAACAAGAUCUACUGGAACAAAUGCUCUUUGUUGUAAUUAAGCCAAGCAUUAUUUCAAUCAGGACUGAAUAAAUACUCCAGACCCUCUUCAUGUUAUACUGCAAAAGCCUGCAAACCAGAUAUUACAUGCCUGCAUCUAUAAAUGGGUGAGCAAAAAACUUUGAACCCCUAUGUUUGCCAAAUAUCCGUUUUUCUGAACUCAAGAUGCCUUCCUGAGGGAAGGAAAAAAAAAAAAGAUUCACAAGAUUGCUGUAAUGCACUGCUGGUGUUUCAGAAUCAUGCACUAUAUCUACAUCCACUGGGACUCAAUCCUGUUUGAUGUGGGAAAACCGCAUUUGUCGUUUCCUGAAUUCCUGGGAACAUCUGUAUGGAAAAUAUGUGUUUCAGAGAUCUGCUUCUACGCACUGAGAGCCAAGGCUGCACAGCAGGGUAAAAAACACUUUUUUAUGAGGCGAUGAUGACAAGUUUGUAAUUGUAUUUUAUCACUACAUAUGGUUUUAACACUGAGUUGAAAUGACAGAAAAUGUUUAUCUGCUCACAGAGGGAGGGCUGCACACAUUCAGAUAUUUAGUAUUACACUUGCAGUCCAGUGUUGGCGUCAUUAACCCUGACAGAUAUAAUAUUGUAUAGUUUAAAUGUCUUAGAUAUCUAUUGCAACUUAUCCUUUUACAAAUGCAUGCUGUAGUUUGAAAAACUUUAUC